AUGAGUUGGAGAAUUCGAAUGAAUGUUGUAUCAUCGACUCGUCACUUGAAUCAUUCGUGGAAUAAGCCGGGAAUUCAAUUCAAUCUGAUUGAUUCUAUAUCACAACAAAGAAAAAUGACUUAUCAGUGUGUAAAUAUGAAACGAUCUCUACCAAAGGAGAUUACAUCAAGCAUUACAGCGGAAAAAAAGAAACAUAAAAGUUCAACAGAAUCUCCUAGUUUUGUUCUUGUUUGUGGUCAAAAUAUUUGCGGUCAACUUGGCCUAUCGACAAAUAUUAUCGAACGACGUAAACCACAAUAUUUAAAAAUUGUGAAUAAUUUCAAUAUAGAUGAAAAUAUUCAAUCGAUCUAUGCAGGUGGUAUGCAUUCAUGUGCACUUACGAUAACUGGACAUGUCUAUACAUGGGGUUGUAACGACGACGGAGCCUUAGGUCGAAUAACAGACGAUAUCGAUGACGAAUAUAUGCCUGGAUUAUUUGUAUUACCUGAAGAAAUUAAAAGUAUUUGUGCAGGCGAUACAUUCACUGUUGCUUUAGCGAAAUCUGGCCGAGCUUAUAUUAGUGGUUGCUUUCGAAGUAGUGAGGGUAUACUUGGCUUAUUUGAAUAUAAACAAAUAGUGCAAAAGCCUAUUAUGAUUCCACUUAAUCAAACAAUCAAACAGAUUGCGUGUGGUGCUGAUUUUUGUCUUUUACUAACAGAAAAUGGUAGUGACCUGUAUUCAUUUGGAAAUAAUGAAAUAGGCCAAUUAGGCCGUGACGCUCAUUUAGAAAUUCAAGAUAAUUUUUCUAUUUGGCUUCGGCCUUCUCAAAUUCCUUCAUUUCAAGAACAAAAUAUAUUAAAUAUUUGGGCUGGUGGUCAUGGCUUUUUUGCUCUCACUCAAAAUUCAACUAUUCAUCUCUAUGCAUGCGGUGCUAAUAGUUUUGGUCAACUAGGACAUCCGUCAAAACAACCCAUUUAUUCACCAGUUGAAAUUCAAAGAUUUCCGUGUCUAGAUAAAAUAAUAAAAAUAUCUUGUGGCCUUCAACAUACGCUUAUACUUGAUUCAAUGGGAUAUGUUCAUGGAUUAGGUAGGAGUGAUGAUGGCCGUUUAGGUAAUGAUCUUGCCAAUGAUAUCAUAAUACCAAAGCAAAUCAAUAAUCUAACAAAUAUCUUUGAUAUUGCUGCUGGCGGUAGUGUUUCAUUUGUUAUCAAUCAAAAUGCACAAAUCUAUUCGUUUGGUAUGGGUGAUACGUGUCAAAUAGGUCAUAGCAACGAAGAUAUUUUUAUUCCAACUUUAGUCAAAAGCAAACAAUUAGAACAACGAAACAUACAACACAUAUCUGUUGGUGCUCAACAUACACUUUUUCUAGUUAAAGAAGAACGAUGA